GCCCCGAACUUCACUGUCAUGCGAUGCCCCCUGUAGGGAGACUCUACAUCUACAUCCUCAAGCCAUCUUACCAGGACUAAUUGGACACCACUUCUCCGACGUCCAAGCGUUGACAGCGUUCCCACACGCUUCCACGCGCCUUGACACUUCAAAGCGUCAACAUUCCAACCUCCUUGAGCUUCUCAUUGGCUUCUUACCGUUCUCGCAGUUACGAGUGGCGAACGAGAUAGGUCAAAAAGGACGAGAGUUCUUCACUCAGGGCACCGUGUCUGGUUUCCGUCGAACAUCGAAACGAAGUUGCGUCGCGUCAUGGAGGGAACGGCCCCAGAGCGGUUGGUUGGUGUGGAACCCUGAAACGGAUCAUGGACAAAUUCUCAUCCAAAUGACGGUUAUCCUCUCAUUCGACGGUGGAGGUCGUCACACCUUUCUUCCACACAUUCAACUCGGAGUCAAUGUACAGGGAUAUCGCGCCAGUAUGAACUCAAGAGGGUCCGGGCGAACAUCGCUUUAUUUAUCCACCGCCGUUCAGUCGAAUGAUGAUUUACAGUGCACCGCGCACAUGCUCUCGCGGGUAUCGGGUGUUUUUAAUCGAGGGUGCAUUGAUCGCCGGUGUGUGUAAAAAGCUCGAUUAUUGGUAUCGUAUUCGUGUAAUUUGCGUCUACUAUCCUGACCCUAGUCCCAUUAUAUUAGCGCUGUUUGGGCAUGAAAACCCUCCAACAUCGAUAUCAGUGAUGUGAUGCGGGUCGUCGUCCUUGAAUCCUUUCGAUGGUGUAUCCAUGCGAUUCGUUGGAGGUCAGCCAAAGUAGCAUGAGAACGGCCAGUCAGAAUCAGCCAGACGGUCGAACAAGUUACUGACUGAUUGAUUGGUGGAACUGACAGCUGUGUGUAACCUGCCAGACAAAUUAAGAGUCUAGCUCCCAAUUGGCCUGGAUAUCAGCUCGCUCGCAUAGUCUUGUUUCGACCUUCUACCUUCAAAGUCCCACUACCUUUUAUCUUCCGUCAUAUAGUCGAAAAACCUCAAUGGCUGAGAUACCGCCAGGCGUGGACCUUUUGGAGACACUUGAGCACGAGACGCUUGUUUAUUACGUCGUUGUUGCUGGGGGAGUACUCUUUGUCUACGAUAUUCUUAUCAAUCUAGAUAUCGAGAUCGAAUGCAUAUGGGGAACCCUCGAUCUUCGAAAACGCAAGAGAGGAUUCGUGAUAUUCAACCUGUUGUAUCUUGCACAACGGUAUCUGCCAUUAUUGGAUCAAGUUAUUUUGGACCAGUAUAUUUUGUUGGGCGCGACCAACUCGCGAAAGUGUGAGAUUGGUUUUACGUUGAGUGCAUGGUGUUCGGUUGUGGGGGUCCUGCUUUCUGAACUCAUACUUGUACUUCGAAUAUGGGGCGUUUGGGCAAUGAAGCCCUCCAUAGCUGUCAUACUGGUGGCGUUAGCGUUGGGCUGCUCGGUUCCUACGGUGAUCUUUUUCGAAAGAUUCUUGAAAGGACUUCAAUAUCCUGAACUCGAUAUGCCUGGCCUGGUUCAACUUCGAAGAUGUUUGAUUUUGGUGAGGAACAAGGACGUCUAUGUGUGCUGGAUCUUGUUGAUGAUCAUUGAUGGCGCUGGUUUCAUACUGAUGGCGAUCCCUGGGGUUAAGGCCUAUCGGUCAGGAGGAAACUCGAACCUCAUAAGGGCUGUUUAUCGGGAUGGUGUCAUCUACUAUGCGUUGAUCUUCAUGGUAUCGUUGGUAAACGUUAUCAUCAUUCUCCUUUUGCCGCCUGAGCUCGUAAUAAUCAUCUCGCCGUUUGAACGCGUCCUUCACUCCAUUCUCGCCAGCCGUGUAAUUCUUCAUAUACGAAGAGUGGCUCUUCAAGAUAAUAUCCAGAGGGAUGACACGUUCGGCGGAAUGAUGACGACGAUAGAGUUCAUUUCUCAAGACACCGAGAUGUCUAUCACCUCGAACGUCCUUCAAUCUACCGCUGAGCCCGAAGACCAGAACUACGGAUCCUUAACGAAAGAGGAUGGUUGGGUCACCCGCGCAUAG